AUGUCCACCCGCAAGAGAAAGCAAGAAGAGGAGGAGGAGCUCGUCUCCCUUCCUGACGACGACGGUGAAGAGGAAGAGGAGUACGAGUCUGAGGAAGACGCCGACGAAGGUGACGACGACGUGGAAGAGGAGGAGGAGGAGGAGGAAGAGGGCGACGCCGAGGAAGACGCGGAAGCCAAUGGCGUAGACGAGAAAGCUCCUCCAUCGAAGAAGCGGAAGACCGAGACCGAGGCCACGGAUGACGCGGCCGACGCCGAGGAGGCCGCUGACGAGGAAGAGGAAGUCGAGGACGAAGCUGCCGGCGACGAGGAGGCCGAGGCUGAAGAGGAGGAGGCUGCCAACGGCGUGGAGGAGGCUCCCGCCAAGGGCGAAGUCAAGGCCGCCGACGCACCCGCCGCUACCAACGGCGACGCCGCCAAGGCUGUCGCUGCCGGCGGCGAUGCCGAGGAGUAA